AUGGAGGACAACCUAGACGAAAUAUCCGCUCAAGGCUCAGUGGCUUAUCGGCCCCAAGGCAAACGCAUUCGAGUCAUACAGCAGUUUGUAGAAACAAUUCUUGAGGAUGACACAGCUUCUGAACCACCACGCCAGCCUUCUGAGCAAGAUGAAGAAGUACACCUGUACGAUUUCAUCGGUGCUGUAGGCAUCCAGAAGGAUCGUCGAGGGAAGAAGUCAGUGCGGUAUCACGUCAAAUGGAAAGGCUAUGGUAUCAAGGCUAUGACGUGGGAGCCGGAGGGCCAUAUUUUUGAAGGAGAUUUGCUGAAGUUAUGGUCAAAGUAUGGUCGGAUCCACGUCCGCAAACAAAAGGGCCGGCAGAGACUCAGGCACAGUAUGCGACAAAUACAUCAAUGCCCUUCAACAGAAGCUCACGAGACCAAUGUUCGGGAAACGGAUCAGGUCGACCAUGUCACACCGUCAAGAUCGCCGGAGGCUGUCGAAGCGCCUUGUGAGCAGAAUUUUGAACGGGAUGGUGGCUGUGACGGCCUUCUUCUAUCCAAGGAACCAAACGCACCAGCAGAAUCUGAUGGUGCUGAUGCUCGUGGUGUGUCUCGAUGUACUUCACCGCCCUUAUCUCAUCACUCGCCUGCACCUUCACAACAAGGCUUUGAUCGGCUCGGUGACGCACAUCAACAUACUUUGGAAAUCAUCCCUCAACUCGAGGUUCUUGAGACGUCUCAGGGGCUGUUGAACGAAGAGGUUACGCCCUCGAGCCAAUCAGACAUUCAUGAGAUCAACCAUACGGAGAGGAUCGACCCAGCGUCUGUGGUUAGCGAUGUGUCUGUACAUUAUGCAAGCAUCUCGCACGAUAAGAAGAAGAGUGAAAUGCGACGAACGUCGCCCGUCAUGUGA